GGCUGCCCUCUCUGGAACCCUUCCAUCUCUUAGGUUUACCUUCGUCAUAGCUUACAGCUAUCAUCGUUCCCCCCUUGCCGCCCGGUUGCUCAGUGCCGCGGUCGAUUCACAAACACGAAUCAACGCUUCCGUGCUCGCCUUGCAGCUGUUGAUUCACAAAGACAAACUCCGAUUGCUCGGUGCCGCCGUCGAUUUAGCUUAAAGGAGUGAUGGGAAGUUCGGAACCUUUUCUUGCUAGGGUUGUUGAUUCGUGUCACCCUAAUUUUGAGGCUUCCCCUGUUUGAUCAAAUAAACUCAUCGAACUAAUAUAUGGAAAUUACAGAAAAUGCCCACACAAAGGGUAUGGGAAGGUUCAAACCCACGACCUCAUGCUUACUGUAAGGGGUUUUAUCAGAAGAAGACAGUGGAUUCCUCAAUUCUGGAAAUGAGAUUAGUGGAGCAUGGUAAUGAUGCUGAUAUGGUGGAUUUCAGGCAUAGCGUAGAUCAAAUGUCCACAAGGGUUCAUAAGCUUGAGCAAAGACUGAGUGAGGUAGAGCAAUUCUACUCAACUGUAAGUAAGAAGCAAUUGAAUACUUCUAAAGGCAGCUCAAUUGUGAGGGACAAAGAUAAGGAGAAACAUAUUUCUAACUUUAAGAAGCGACAGCAAGAUGCACCACGUAGAGAAGCAGCUGCAGCAAAAAGAAUGCAAGAAUUGAUGCGCCAAUUUGGCACCAUAUUACGUCAGAUCACCCAGCACAAGUGGGCGGGACCUUUUAUGCAACCUGUAGAUGUUGAAUUCCUUGGUUUGCAUGAUUACUUUCAGGUCAUUGAAAAACCCAUGGACUUCAGUACCAUAAAGACCAAAAUGGAGGCCAAGGAUGGCACUGGUUAUGAGAAUGUCCGGGAGAUAUGUGCAGAUGUAAGGUUAAUAUUUAAGAAUGCAAUGAAAUAUAACAAUGAAAGAGAUGAUGUUCAUGUGAUGGCGAAAUCUCUGUUAGUAAAAUUUGAGGAGAAGUGGUUGCAACUCUUGCCAAAGGUUGAUGAAGAGGAGAAAAGGCGAAAAGAGGAGGAAGCAGAAGCACAGUUAGAUAUGCAGCUUGCUCAAGAGGCUGCUCAUGCUAGAAUGGCUAGGGAUUUGAGCAAUGAGCUUGAUGAGGUUGAUCUUUAUCUGGAAGAACUAAGAGAAAUGGUGCUUCAGAAGUUUAGAAGGAUGACUACUACUGAAAAACGGAGACUCGGGACAGCUCUUACCCAAUUGUCUCCUGAUAAUCUCAGCAAAGCGCUGCUGAUCAUUGCUCAGAGUAACCCAAGUUUUCAAGCAACAGCAGAAGAGGUGGACGUUGAUAUUGAUGCACAGAGCGAGUCCACCUUAUGGAGGUUAAAGUUUUUCGUGAAGGAAAGCUUACAGGCUCAGGGCAAGAAUGCGGUGGUGGCGAGUACGAACAACAGCAACCACAAUGAGAACAACAAGCGGAAGAGAGAGAUCUGCGAUGCUCUUGCUAAAACUUCCCAGAAAAGGAGUAAAAAACUUGGCUAGUAUCAGUUAUGGCUACCCGCAAAACCAUAUGGUAAAGUGGAUCUCUUUAUCCAUCCGCUAAAAACCUAGUAGUACUCGAGAAGAUUUUAUUGGCCUGUUAGAGAAAGUAGACGAAAACAUGUUUCUUGGGAAUAGAUGUUUUGGUUUUGGGAUAAUUGUGAUCUUUUUCUCUUACUUAAUAAAUUGCAAUAUGUGUACAUAAACAGAUAUCUUUGGAUGCACCAAACAAACAUUUUAGGUUAUAGUCAUUGUGCUGCCUCUGUUCUUGUAAGCCAAAUGUCACAUGGUCACAUGAUAUUCGACCCCACAAAUUAAUUGUUUGAUCUUCUAUUAUA